GUGCGCUUUGCUGCUGAUUGUGGUGCCGCUGACCUGUGUGUGUCUGCUUGGGCUCAGGCUGCAGGGGUCAGAGUGCAAGAGUCGAGGCCCGGAGCUUGAGGGAGAGGGCUUUAUUUUGUACCCCUGGGUAAAGGGCAUCUUCACCUGUGACUUCGGAAGCAAGCGUCACCUAGCCCACCCCUCAGAGGCCUUGAAUUCCAGAGGGCAUGGUGUCCGCGUCCAGCAGCUCAGGGGUGGCGUCCCAGACCCUGACCCCUUCCAUCUCCGGGGUUAGGGUGAACGUUUCCACUCUUAGGUCGGUAACUGGGUAACUGCAACAUGACUCCAAGCAUCACUUUCCUGUCAAAAAGCAGGACGAAGGGGAUGGGCAGCCCCGGUUGGUGGUGGUUUCCCAGCUGUUGUAUUUAGCAAAAGAGAAAAAGCCCUAUGGCCCCUCUGACACACUUCCCUUGAUGACUUGCUGGCCAGAACUGGGUCCACUGCCAGCUUUACCAGCAAGGGAGUCCCGGAAAGCAAGCAGCAGCGGACACGGUCGGUGGGCGGUUCACCAUCACUGCCCUAGACCACAGUCACAUUCUAGGAGACCAGGUGCCACAGCAGCAAAGCAUUUUCUUCCGAACGCCGACCCGCAAGUCCUGUCUCUCUUCCCUUGGGCAGAAUAUCAGCUUUCCAAGCCAGAGGUGGUGUCUCGGUUAGAGGAGGAGGAAGAGCUCUGGUCGGUGGAGAGAGGAGUUCCUCAAGACACCUUUUCAGGGCGUCCUGAGGCUCCGCGGGACCCUCCGCCGGACCCCCCAUCGGACCCCCCGCCGGACCUCCUUCCCGCCGGGGCGCCGCUGAUGCAGAUCGAGGUGGUGGAGGUCCUCUCCCUGAACGAGGAGGCGGCGCGCUCCCGGAAUGCCGGCCUCUGGGCCCUCUACGCAGGAGAGGCGGGCCUGAGCCCCGAGGGCCGCGGGGACCCCACGCCACCGCCGGGCAGCCACCCCGCCGACCCCGAGGCCGCACGACAGCGGUUCCGGGGGUUCCGCUUUGAGGAGGCGGCGGGGCCCCGGGAGGCGCAGGCCGAGCUCCGCGAGCUGUGCCGCCAGUGGCUGCGGCCCGAGGCGCGCUCCAAGGAGCAGAUGCUGGAGGCGCUGGUGCUGGAGCAGUUCCUGGGCGCGCUGCCCGCGAAGCUCCGGGUGUGGGUGGAGUCGCAGCACCCGCAGGACUGCCAGCAGGCGGUGGCCCUGGUGGAGGAUGUGACCUGGGCGUCCGAGCAGAAAGCUCUGCCUGCCCCAGGCCCCACCUGCCCGGAGACCCCAGCUCAGAAGGAGAAGGAGGAGAAGGAGACCACCUGCCCAGCAGAGGUCCUGCCAGAGGAGCCAGUGACCUUCCUGGACGUGGCCCUGGACUUCAACAGGGACGAGUGGGAGCUGCUGGACCCCACGCAGCGGACCGAGUACCAUGACGUGAUGCUGGAGACCUUCCGACACCUGGUCUCCGUGGGCUGGGAGACUACACUGGAAGGGGAGCAGUUACCCCCAAAGUCAGCUCUUCCUGAGGCAGAACCAGCCCCCGACCUGAAAGUGGAAGAGCUCUCGGGGGCUGAGGCCCAACCCUCUACCUCAGGGGAGGCCCCGCAGCGGGGGGCCCUGGAAGCUGGGGACACGGCAUUGCCGCCCGUGGGGCUGGCCCAGGAGGAAGCCCUCUCUGAGAAGCAGCAGCAUGAAAGCCCCAAGUCCCCAGCAGGCAGGGGUCUCGCCACAAGCCGCGCCUCCCUCCGGAAAACUCUACCCCGGAAAGGCUUGCGCAGGCAUAGCUCACGCAGGCAUAGCUCCCGCCUUAGAAAGGCAGCGCGCGAUUCCCAGGAAAAAACCCAGCAGAGCCGCCAAGAGAGCAGAGCCCGGGAAAGCAGGGGCACCCCGCAGGUCACGUUUGUGCAGAUCCACAAGGGGAGCCAGGUGUUCCGCUGCAGCGUGUGUAGCAAACUGUUCCGGAACCCCAGGUACUUCUCGGUGCACAGGAAGAUCCACACGGGAGAGAAGCCCUACGUGUGCCGGGACUGCGGGAAAGCCUUCAUCCAGAGCUCCUCCCUCACGCAGCACCAGAGGAUUCAUACUGGAGAGAGGCCGUUCAAGUGUCGAGAGUGUGGGCGGACCUUCAAUGACCGCUCGGCCAUCUCCCAGCACCUGAGGACUCACACCGGAGCCAGGCCCUACCUGUGCAAGUUCUGCAGCAAGACUUUCCGCCAGAGCUCCCACCUCAUCCGGCACCAGAGGAUCCACACCGGGGAGCGCCCCUAUGUCUGCGACAGAUGCGGGAAGGCCUUCACCCAGAGCUCACACCUCAUCGGGCACCAGAAGACGCACAGCGGGGCUAAACGCAAGAAGAGACACCGAUCUGGCGCUAAAGCCAGUUCAUUUCAGCCUCCGCCAAACGCACGGGAUGCGGUGAACUCGGGCUCCCCCAUCCGGGUCCUCUGCUUCCCCGGCAGUUGCCGGCGCCGAGCGCGCGCACUUCCGCCGCGCACCGGAAGCAUCGCCAUUGCCUCGCCCUCGCAGGGCCCCUUGGUCACACAGGCGAUGUUUCAGCUCCCCGUGAGCCUCAAGGAUGUGGUGGUGAGCUUCACACCUGAGGAGUGGGGACGGCUGGACCUGGUCCAGAGGACACUGUACCGCGACGUGACUCUGGAGACAUGUGACCACCUUGUCUCUCUGGAGAGUGUUGUGAGGGGGGCGCAGGCGGGAGCCGCCGGAGAAGAGGUGCUGACCGCGGAGGCUGGGACGCCAUCCCCGCCCCCCGCGUCUCCCCGGCGACACGGGCCCCGGUCGCCCCACCGCCUCGCGUCACCGCAUCCCGGAGUCGCCUCGGGCCCCAUUGGCCGGAAGUCGGUAGGCGGAGGCUCCCAUUGGCCCGAUGCCAGAAGCCUCCCAUUGGUCGAAGCUUCAACAAACGGAGACCCCAUUGGUUGCGCGCUGCCACGUGCCGCGUGGCCUUCUGGGAGUUGUAGUUUGGACGUCCCCGGAGCGGCCGCCAUUGUCCCGCGGUGGGCGAGCAGUAGCGGACCCUGCGGCGGGGGCGGCGCUCGGGUUUGGGGUCGCCCCGCGCUCUCGUCCUCGACCUCUCGGCUCCGGAUGGACCCUGAGGAGGAAGCGGCCGCGUGGGCGAUGGCGGUGGCGCCGGGGCCGCCGCCGGGACGGCCUCAGGAGCCGGUGACCUUCCGGGACGUGGCCGUGGACUUCUCCCCGGAGGAGUGGGGGCGGCUGGACCCGGCGCAGAGGACGCUGUACCGGGACGUGAUGCUGGAGACCUUCGGGCACCUGCUCUCUGUGGGGCCUGAGCUUCCCAAACCGGAAGUCAUCUCCCAGCUGGAGCGAGGCGCUGAGCUGUGGGUGGUGGAGCACGGGCUCACCCAGGGCUGCUGUCCAGGCUGGGACCCGGGACCUGAAGGGCCCGCGCCGCCCGCGGGGCAGGUCCGUCCUAAGGAAGCGCCGUCCAGCGUCAUGGACAGGACAGGCCUCCCGGGGGCCGCCGCCCGCCCCGCCCCAGGGGAAGGCUGGGGCGAGGAGGACCCGGGCGGCUCCCGGACCGCGGAGUUCCGCCUCGAGUCAGCACCCGCUCCGGAGAGGAGCCCCGAGAGCCCCGGCCCCGGGGAGAGCCGUGUCCCGAGCUCAGACCUGGGCCUGUUCCCCGAGGCCCCCGGGAGCGCCGCCUCCUGUCCCUCCGACUCGCCGGCCACAGACUCGGGGGCCCAUCCCCGCGCCCCCGGCCAGCAGCCCGGCUCCUCGGAGCCGCCGCCCUGGGACACCGGGGCCCUGGCGGAGCUGGCGGCCGGCCCCCCCGAGAAGCCCUACAAGUGCGCGGACUGCGGCAAGGCCUUCAACCACAACGCGCACCUCACGGUGCACAAGCGCAUCCACACGGGGGAGCGGCCGUACAUGUGCAAGGAGUGCGGCAAGGCCUUCAGCCAGAACUCCUCGCUGGUGCAGCACGAGCGCAUCCACACGGGCGACAAGCCCUACAAGUGCGCCGAGUGCGGCAAGUCCUUCUGCCACAGCACGCACCUCACCGUGCACCGCCGCAUCCACACGGGCGAGAAGCCCUACGCCUGCCAGGACUGCGGCCGCGCCUUCAACCAGAACUCCUCGCUGGGCCGGCACCGGCGCACGCACACCGGCGAGAAGCCCUACGCCUGCAGCGUGUGCGGGAAGGCCUUCUCGCGGACCACCUGCCUCUUCCUGCACCUGCGGACGCACACGGAGGAGCGGCCCUACGAGUGCAGCCACUGCGGCAAGGGCUUCCGGCACAGCUCCUCGCUGGCGCAGCACCAGCGCAAGCACGCGGGCGAGAAGCCCUACGAGUGCCGCCAGCGGCUCAUCUUCCAGCAGGCGGCGCUCGCGGCGCACCAGUGGGCGGGCGCCCUGGGCUGCGACCCGGCCCUGGCGCCGGGGGAGAGCGCCGCGCGCAGUGACCGGCCCUUCCGCUGCGGCCAGUGCGGGAAGGGCUUCAUCCAGAGCUCGCACCUCAUCCGCCACCAGGUGACGCACACGCGGGACGGGCCUCGCGGGCGGCGGCGGCGGCGGCCGGAGCAGCCCCUGGGCCGCAGCUCGGUGCCUCACCUGCGCCCGGGCGAGGCCCCCGGGGACGGGCCCCGGGCAGGGCCGCCUGCCAGCAAGGCGCUCGCCCUGUUUGACAUCCAGGGGAUCGUGCAGGAGAGGAAGCCGGUGCACGUGAUUGCGGUGGAGGAGCCGCCCGUGGGCGCGUCCGUGGUGUUUGACAUCAAGGAGGCCCCCUAGGCGGACAGACACCGCAGCGACCGGCGCCGGGGCCGCGUGGGGCUGACGCGGGGAGGAAGGCCUGGGCGCCCCCGCUCUCCCCAGACGCCGGAGCUUGGGGGGCCUCCGGUCUGUGGAGCCCGGCGCACCCUUUAAACUCUUAUUUUCUGUUGCCUCUGGGACCCUGAGACGGGUUCACAGGUCACGUUAGGAAGCCCACAUGGGCCCCGUUCUGUGCAGGAGGAUGAAAGCAAAAGUAACUGUCAUGGAGUAACGUGUCCCAGCCGGUGCGAACCUCCCGACCGAGCCGUCAUGCCGGGACCUGGCAGGGCCUGUGGGCGUCGUCUAGUAACUGGGUCUGAGGUUGGCCAGGAAGCAUUGAGAGGGGCAUUCCUGUCUGGACCGGAUUUUUUUUUUUUUUUUUUUUAAAUCUUCACCAGAAGAAUAAAAAAUUUUCCUGUGGAUUAUUUUUUUAGAGAGUGGCAGGGACCGGUGCAGAGAGGAGAGAGAGACAGAGAGAAACAUUGAGGUGUCAGAGACACAUCGAUUGGUUGCUCCCACUCGUGCCCCAAAGGGAGCCACAGGUUGAAUCUGCAAACAAGGUACGUGCCCUUGGCCAGAAACCUAACCCUGGACCCUUCAGUCCACAGCCGGUGCUCUAACCACUGAGAACCUGCCAGGCGGGAGGUGGAUCCUCAGAGAGUUGACUCGCUCUUGGAAGAGUUUCGAGCAAAACAAAAUGCCGUUGCAUUUCUGGGAAGUUCUCAGCGUGCGGGAUUAGUGUGUGCACCCGGGAAGCCGGCCGAGGGUCUCCGUUCACACUUACACACGGAUUGUUUCAUACGCACACGCGGCGCCCCCAGGGCCAGUCUGCACUUCCCGGGCUUUAGAGCAGCUGACCCCCCACCCCCAUCAGCCACGUCAGCCACCCUCAUGCCCAAAGCAGGCGGCACGGAAGCCCUGAGGUGCCACUGCUCCUGGGAAAGCCGGUGCUGCUCUGAGCCGCAGGCUGGCUCUCCAUCAGUGAUGUCUGGCUGUCAGGACUGCGGGAGGCAGGGCCACUGCGUCUUGUGGGCUCGGGCAGGGAUGCUGCUCACCAUCCCAUAAUGUCCACGCUGCCAAGGAGAGGCACCGCGCCCAGCACCAGCCGCCGUUUCCCAAACUGUAAAUUGGUUGGUUGGGGCUGUGCUAACAAUGUUUUACGUUUGUUUGUUUUUUUAUUGAUUUCAGAGAAGAAGGGAGAGGGAGAGACAGAAAGAUCAAUGGUGAGAGAGAGUUCUUGAUGGGCUGCCUCCUGCACGCCCCCCACUGGGGAUCGAGCCUGCAACCGGAGCACGUGCCCUUGACAGGAGUGGAACCUGGGACUCUGUGCACUGAGCCAAACCAGCGAGGGCUCUUCUUCCGUCUAUAUUCGUUCUGGGGGGGAAUUUUGUCGCCAUCUCCAGCCUGCCCACCAGCUGCUCCUCGCUUUGCCUGGUGAAAUGCCCUCUGAUCUGGCCUCACGCCUCCAGGUGUGCUGGGGCUCCUCGUGAAUUGUGUGACCCCACCUCGUAUGGGGUCUCUGCUGGAGGCCCCCGAUGUCAGUGCCAGGUGAGGCCAGACUUCUGAGAACAUGGUUUAUUUGUGUGUGACGCGGGGCAUGCUCACGGGACCUUCAUGUUCACAGUUGCAAACCCCGCCUCGGUCAUCUUACUGCUCUCCAACUUUAAACCUGAGCAAAGCCAAGCUGGCCAACUUGGUCCACGCUGUUGUUGACAUACAGAGCACUGUGACAGCCCUGGCUGGUUUAGUCAGCGGUUAGAGCCUUGGCCCGCAGACUGGAGGGUCACGGGUUCGAUUCCGGGUCAAGGGCACGUACCUCAGUUGCAGGCUCCCCAGCCCCAGUAGGGGCACGUGCAGGAGGCAACCGAACGAUGUAGCUCUCAUGUCAACCUUCUCUCCUCCCACCCGCUGUCUCCGGAAAGUCAUGGGAAGUCAUCCUCGGGUGAGGAUUUUAAAAGCACAGUGUGAUCAGGGUGUGAUCCUGGGUGUCUCCUAGGCCCACGUGCAUAAAAACCCAGGAUUUCGCCCGCCGGCGUGGCCCAGCG